UGUUUCAUCGCUUGGAUUCCAUAGCAGCAGCAGCAGAAGCAGCAGCAGCACCAGAAGGAGCAGCAGACUCAGCAGCAGCAGCACCAGCAGCAGUAGCAGCAGCAGCAGCAGCAGCUGAAGGAGCAGCAGCAGCAGCAGCAGCAGCAACAGCGGCAGCAGCAGCAGUGGCAGCAGCAGCAGCGUCAGCAGCAGCAGCAGCAACAGCAGCAGCAGCAGCAGCAGAAGGAGCAGCAGCAGCAGCAGCAGCAGCAGCAGCAGAAGGAGCAGCAGCAGCAGCAGCAGCAGCAGCAGCAGCAGCAGCAGCAGCAGUAUCUACAGCCAUCCCCAUCCUCCCCUCCUCUUUGAGCCGCCGCGGCUUGCAGUCACACAGCCGCGUCGUGGCGGGCGCCCACGUGGCGGCCGCACCAACCCUCAGGGAGGGGGUGGAGGUGGCGGUUGUGGGGGCAGCGGAGCCGGCGGCGGUGGUGGCGGGGUCGAGGGUGGCAGCAGUGGUGGUGGUGGAGGCAGUGGUGGCUCAUCUGGUAGCCGUGCAGAACGGUGACAUUUACGACCCAGCUGUCCCUGACUCCCCUGCUCACUCUGCCUCAUCGCACCAGCACCAGCAGCAGCAGCAGCAGCAGCAGCAGCAGCAGCAGCAGCAGCAGCAGCAGCAGCAGCAGCAGAAGGAGCAGCAGCAGCAGCAGCAACAGCAGCAGCAGCAGGUGCAGCAACAUCAGCGGAUGGAGCAGCAGCAGCAGCAGCAGCAGCAGCAGCAGCAGCAACCGCAGGCAGUGCAGCAACAGCAGCCGCAGCAGGAGGUGCAGCAGCAGCACCAGCAGCAGCCACAGCAGCAGCAGCAGCAGCAGCAGCAGCCACUGCAGCAACCUCAUCGGCAUCGCCGCACCACCUCUCCGUGUACACCCAACUAGGGAUGUAAACACAAUAUACACAACUAGCAUAG